AGAUUGAAAUGAUCAAUUGAUGUAAAGGAAUUGAAGACACAUGUUUUAAUUUUAUUUUACUAAUUCAAGUAAAAUGGCUGCAGUUAAAACUGAUGAAUUAAAUAAGGAGGAAAUUGUUGAAAAUGGUGAAGAGGAAGACGAUCUAGAGGCAGCGGAAGAGAAUGGAACAAAAGAUCCUGCUAAGAAGAAGAAAAAGAAAAAAAAGAAGAAGAAGACAGUUGAUGCUGAUGCCGGGUCUGAAAAUAAACCUGAGGUUAAUAAUGUGUUACAAGAAGUACAGUCUUUAUCUGUAGAGGAAACUGCUGGAGAUGAUGAAAAAAAGAAGAAGAAAAAAAAGAACAAAAAUAAAUCUGGAAAAGGACCAAGCAAGGAACAAACUAAUCCACCUACUAUACCUAUUGCUGAACUAUAUCCAGAUGGUAAUUUCCCAGAGGGCCAAAUCAUGGAGCAUGGCCCAGCUGAAGGCAUUAGUGAACAAACUGCCAAAGAUCGUUUUACAAGUGAAGAAAAAAGAGCUUUGGAUAGAAUGCAACAAGACAUCUAUCAAGAAAUUAGGCAUGCAGCAGAAGCUCAUAGACAGACCCGUGACCAUAUUCGUAAAUGGAUUAAACCUGGCAUGACCAUGAUCCAAAUUUGUGAGGAACUGGAGUCAACUGCACGACGCCUCAUUGGUGAAGAUGGGCUCAAGGCUGGAUUAGCUUUCCCUACGGGGUGCAGUCGUAACCAUUGUGCUGCUCACUACACUCCAAAUACAGGUGACACAACCGUUCUUGAAUAUGAUGACGUAGUGAAGAUAGAUUUUGGCACACACAUCAACGGCCGUAUUAUAGACUGUGCAUUCACGCUGCACUUCAACAACCGAUACGACCCCCUCGUUAAAGGUGUGCAAGAGGCUACCGAAGCUGGCAUCAAAGCAUCUGGUGUCGAUGUGAGGUUGUGUGACGUCGGUGCUGCGGUGCAAGAAGUAAUGGAAUCCCAUGAAGUUGAAUUGGAUGGCCAAAUUUAUCAAGUGAAACCUAUCCGAAAUCUGAACGGGCAUUCUAUUGGGCCUUAUAGAAUUCAUGCUGGCAAAACGGUACCAAUUGUAAAAGGCGGCGAAACAACACGCAUGGAAGAAAAUGAAUUCUAUGCUAUUGAAACAUUUGGGUCUACAGGACGCGGACAAGUUCAUGAUGACAUGGAUUGUUCACAUUACAUGAAAAAUUUCGACCAACAGUUUGUUCCAUUGAGACUGCAAUCAUCUAAACAGUUAUUAAAUUUAAUUAACAAAAAUUUCGGUACACUCGCAUUUUGCAAGCGAUGGUUAGAGCGCGCUGGCGCCUCAAGAUAUGCCAUGGCACUUAAAGAUCUAUGCGAUAAAGGAGUGGUCGACCCAUACCCACCUUUGUGCGACAUCAAAGGGUGCUAUACAGCUCAGUUCGAACACACUAUCCUUCUGAGACCUACUUGUAAGGAGGUGAUAUCUCGCGGUGAUGACUACUAGCGUACAAUGAGCAACGUCGAUAGCGUUGCUACAUUUCUUUAUAAUUGUGUUGAACACUUAUAUUCAAUAAUGUCAAAAUAUACUCUCCUGCAAGUUUUUAGACGUGUAAAUAAAUUGUUUCGAAUAUAAUAGGUAUUUUUUACUUAUUGGGAAAUAUCACAAAAUUUAUUAUAUACUUUCAACAUUAUCAACUGUGCAGUUGUGUAUAUUCAUACCAUUGUAUAUAUUUAAAAUGGUAUUUAACUGUUUUUUUAUCUCAGAGACAAGUAUAACGUUACCUAAUUUGCCAGCUUUUUGCAAUUCUUAAAUAGUCGUACUAUCGGAAAUUAAUAUUAAUACGUCGGUGUUUGAAACGCAUUAACACAAAAUAAAUUAUUAAUAAAUAUAAGGUCAUUGUAUCUAUUUUUUUAAUUGACAUUUCCAUAGAACCAAAGACCAACUGCUUCUUCAUGAUGUCAUAUGAUAUACCUAUUUAAAAUAUUUAACAGUUUGAAAAAUAAAAUACCGUA